UUUGCACCAAAGACAUCUCGAGAAUUCCUUCUUGGCCCUCAUCUUCAAACCCUAACGUCUCUUCUCCACCAGUAGCCAGGCAGGCUUUGGCUCCCACUGGAGAGGGGUACUCGACUCCACCGUCACCCACGACCAGACCCCGAUUUCAUCUUCAAGCGGUUUUUAGAUGAGGAAAAUCCCAUGGAGUUUCUCCUUUCUCUCGGCUCUGUUUCCCCCUCUCCCUUUCUGUCCCUUCCAGAGCGUUCUGGGAACCUAAUACCGGACAGGACCGAAAGGGGAGGCUGCGGUUCUCCCGAGUCCUUCCUGCCGGGGCGUCUUGGGUGCUCAGUCCGGCCCGGACGUUAGGGCCCGCGGAUGCGGACUGCGGGGCCGUGAGGGUAGCCGGCGCGGGGCCUGCGAGUUCGCCGCCGCCGGCCGCGCGCAUCACGGUCCUGCGCGUCGCCGGUCCGAUCUAUUUCAUCAACGCCGCCCGCAGUUGGCGCUCUGGCGGCAAGCAGGGGUGCGGGGCUCCGACCCGCGAGAGGGGCCGCGCUGGAGGGCCCGGCCCUGCUUCUCGAGGCCGGACCCGAAAAGGCUUGUUGAACGCGUAGAGCCCAGGAAGAGGCUCCAAGGCGGCUCAGCCCGGGGUCCCAGCGUAGUCCUCGCCGCCGGUGUCGGGAGAGUUGUUCGCCACAGGCGGGCCGCCGGGAGAAGAGCGUGUGGCUCCGAGACCGCGGCCGAGAAGAGAAGAAACGCGAUUUCGGACGGAGCUGCUGUGUGGCGCGAGAGAAGGGUCGGCGUCGAAGAGGAGUGUUCCGGCGGAGCGUGCAGCGCAGCGGCUAAGGUUCUGGCCAUACUUCUUCUACCACCACAAGCUUCAGCAUGGCAGAAUCUCUCACCACCUUUUCUGAUCCAAGGACAGAAAUGAGCAUCCUGGAAACCAACCAGUACUUGUGCUCCCAGCUGGAAAAAAGCAAACAGAACUUCUGGAACCUCAUGGAGAAAUUCCUCACAUCCAAGGCUACUGCUUACAUCCUGGCCAACCAGCUGCAGAAAUACAAGAGUGAAGAGUACAAAGGCCUCAUCGAAUCCGUGCUGGAGGAGGAAGUGCAGUUUGACAGGGAGCUGGCAGAGAAGACGAGACCGACUGCAAGGCUUGGGAAAUAUGAUCCCCUGGUUCAGGCUCAGGCACGAGAACUGACCCACUUACGACAGAGGAUACAGGAAGGGAAAGGUGUCUGUUAUCUUUUCAUUCAGCAUACAAAGAGCAUGGUCAAGUCUUUUAAGGGCAUCCUCAGGAGCACUGACAUUGCCCACUACCAGGGACAGAGAUUCUGUGAACAACUGGCCCACGGAAGCCAGCUGGCAGAGAACCUUGCCAGCAAACUCAUCACUGAAAAUUACAGUGAUAAGAAGGCUGAAGAUGGACAGGAGCCACUGGCACCCAGGCUCAGCAAGGAGCUCCAGGAGGAAGUGAAUGAAGCCCAGGAAGACUCACUAGAUGAACGGUAUUUGACUCAUUCCAGUCGCUGUGACUCUGACCAGCCUCCCAGCAGCAGUGCCUUCCCCUCUGAUGUGCAGGAAGCCAGCUCUGCUGUGGAAGUCACCAAAGAUGAGAUCCACAACCUGCACCAGCACCUGAGGGAAAUUCUUUUCAUCAAUGACUGCCUUCAAGAAAAGCUGGAACAUCAUCUCAGCAUUUCUGACCAAGGAAACGGAUGCACGUCUAACCUUAACAGGCAGAGCUUGGAGUCUGCUUCCCAGCUGUACAAUGAAAACAGAGGUAUCAGGGAAGAAAGUCUGAGCCUUCUGGCUCACCUGAAUCAUAUUUCCAGAGAGGGAUCCCUCCUAGGUGCUCCCUCUACAAGUCCCCAGACUCCAGGCUCCAGGAAGGAGUACCUCUGAGAAAUGCAUCAUUUUAGGUAUAAACCACACCUCACUAAUGUGAGCCUGAGAAGAAAAGAACAAUCCUCAAAGGUGAGAAGACAUAAGAAAACAAUAAUUUUAAUUGAGUAAAAUUUGCCAAGAUUAGAUAAACUCUGUCUUAGAAUGCUGAAAGAACAAGCAAACAGAAUUUAGAUUCUAAGUCAGUAGUCUUUGAGGAAAUGUGAGGACCAGAAAUGAGUUUAAAAGGAGCAAAACCCCAAUUUUGAAACGGAUGAAAAUAGGGCAGUUAAAAAUUGAGAUAAGUGUAGCUUAUAUUGAUCCUUGGCAAAAUACAAAUUCAUUGCACUAAAACGAUAAUAUUCCAGUCACCUUAUGGUUCCCAGCUUGUACUAUUGAGAAAAGUCAAAUCAAACCAAAUUACCCUCAGGUUGGCAAAAAUAUUCACAAACCUGCAAAAUAUCUUCCACCUGUGCCCUAUACACCAGACUCAGUAUUUAAUAAGUUUUUGCCGUGUAUAAUGCCCACCCCAAUAGACAUUCCUGCCUGAUCUUGUAGGUGUCAGUUAAGAAAGCUCCCCUAAGGGGCGCC